CGCAAAUUUUCCGCACAGCAUCGUGAAGCUCUUCGCGGAGGAUGACGAUGAGGAGAGCUCUCGCCAUCCCCGUGCGUCUAUACCUAGAGCCGGAUUUGUAUAUAUGCGUUGGUCUCUAUCACCACCAUGGUCCAGAAUUCAUCCAUGGAUCGCGAAACCGCACGUUUGCCCACCACGAGAGAUGACAGGCGGUGAAAAAUUGACUGCUGAAGCCCGAGCGUGGCCUAGACUAACCUUCCAGGUUACCGACAAACCUCGCUUCCUUAUCGUCGUAUAUUCUGCAUCUCUUUUCGUCUUUAUUUCGUCGCAGGCUGUCCUUCUUUCCUCUUCCUCCUGUCUACUCACGUCUCAUCGCGUUGCGCGUUCACUACUCCCCUCAUCAGCGCCGUCCGAUGAGCAUCUCCGGGCAUUGCCAACCUCCUUCGAGCAGCUUGCCUCCCGUCCGCUCGCUUCGCUCUGCCACCGAGGACCAGAUCACGUCCGCGCUGCAUAACUUGCAGGCCCUCUACUGCCCACUCCGGCUCCCCGUCACUCUCACCCGAGGAAAGCAGAGCGCGCCAGCGACCGCGCAUGCCGACUCCGGUUACGUCUCCGAGGAUGAAGAGGUGACCGACGAGGGUGUUUCAGACACCGAAGAAGCGCUUGCGGCGCUCCGCGCUGACGAAUUCGAACGCACUCUCGCCGUCGGUUGGCUCACCACCCUGAUUGCGCGCGCUGAUGAACUGCCAUUUGCAUCCGAGGACUCGCAGUCGCGCAUUAUCGAUGAAGCGGCAUCCAUCCUUGCGUCAUUCAGUGACUUUGCGGACCACGAGGCCGAUGAAGCCCUAACACGUGAUUUCUCGUUCCCAGUGUCAGCCGCUCUUGGAGAAGAGAAACCCAUCCAAGCCCGACUCAACGAUGCUCCGCUUUCGGGGACGGAUCAUACGGAUGUCGGCCUUCAGAGCUGGGGCGCCAGCAUCAUCCUCUCGGGCCUCUUGUGCAUAGCUCCGGGGCGCUUUGGCCUGCAUCGCUUACCCAAAGAUGCGAGCAUCAUCGAGCUAGGAGCCGGGACGGGCCUUGUGAGCCUCACGUUAGGGCAGUUGAUGCCGCGUCUGUCCCUGACGCAGCCUUCCAUCCUCGCGACGGAUUAUCACCCCGCUGUCCUUGAGAACCUGCGCGCCAACAUCACAACUAAUUUUGGCUGCCAGCCGGAUUCCUCCGCGCCCGUGAAGACGAUGCUACUCGACUGGUCCGCCCCGCCUGCCUCCUUACACUCCACCGCAAGCAUGCUUGUCGCAGCCGACGUUGUCUACGCGCCCGAGCACGCGGCGUGGCUACGCGAUUGCGCCGCUGAUCUGCUCGCUCCCGAUGGAGUAUUCUGGCUCGUAGUGACGGUGCGCAAGGACGGGAAGUUUGAAGGCAUCCCCGGCACCGCGGAAGCAGCAUUCGCGGAUGGGAAGUGUCCGAAGCGGGGGGAUGGACAUGUGUUGAGGAUUGUGGAGAAGGAGAUGCUGGAGAAGCGGAGGGGUGUUGGAAGGGGCGACGAGAGUGGGUAUAUGUUGUUCAAGAUUAUGUGGGAGUAGAGUUGUCGCCAAGUUGCUGUGACAUGCUAGCUAUGUGAUACCUUAGACUUAGAUCCGGAUGAUAUGAUGUUAUGUGCUUCAUCGAGUGGACUGGGCUGUGGGUGCUCACCGGGAGGACUGGUAUUAUACGUACCCGCAUCACCGCGAGACAGCUGGAUCAGUGUUAAGUCGUACAGAGCUUCCAACAACCGGCCACCCAACGCUGAGGUUGGCACCGCAUACCUGUGGACAUUCGCUUCGGACGUGUGGCGGAGCCGAUCCCGGAUCCGAUAUCUUCUCCACUAGCGCCGUCGGUCGCCGUGCGCUACU